GUUCCUUAAACCGACAUUAGCAUAGUAGACAUCGGUGGCGAAUCCUCUUGUUUGUUGUUUGUUUUAAAUUCUUGAUCGAUCGACGAUAACUGCUAUGAUAUAUCAUCUACAAUGUCGCGGAGGAUAUUUAGUGCGGCAAAGCCUCCAGAAGACCGUAUGGGGACGACACUGUGCGACAAUUGCCAGGGAUAGUAAAGAUUUAGAUGGUGAACAGAUAACCAUUGGUGAUGUAGCUGUGCGUUUAAAAAAGCCGAAAAAUAUUCAUUUGGUACCGCAUAAAUAUGUAAAUUACGCACGUGAUGGAUCAAUUGAGAUGAGUCAGUCCCGACUCCAUCACUUGCGAUGGAUGCUACAAAAGGAUGCAUUAAAGCAAGAUAUGUUUCUUCUCGGUUCUCCUGGGCCGCUUAGACGACAACUGGUCAUGCAGUACCUGGAGCUGACGAAUCGGGAACUGGAAUACGUGGCACUUAGUCGCGACACAACGGAGAAUGAUCUGAAGCAGCGACGCGAGAUUCAGAAUAAAACAGCAACAUACUAUGAUCAAUGCGCCGUGAGAGCUGCACUUCAUGGGCGGGUCUUAGUUUUGGACGGUGUUGAGAAUGUUGAACGCAAUGUAUUGCCAGUGCUCAACAAUCUGUUGGAGAAUCGUGAAAUGCAUCUGGAGAGUGGCAAGUUUCUAAUGGCGCCUGAUCGUUAUGAUAAAUUGUUAGAGACUCACACAAAAGAGCAACUUGAUCAAUGGGGUGUCCUGCGGGUCUCUGAGGACUUUCGCGUCGUUGCACUAGGUUUGCCCGCACAGAAAUAUAAAGGAACGCCCCUUGAUCCGCCACUGCGUUCGAGAUUCCAAUCGCGAAAUGUCGCGUCAUACACAUUUCUGGAGCUGUACGAUGAAUUGCAACAACUGGCAUCUGAUGUGCCUGCUGAGAAACUAAAACAACUACUUACGUUUGCAUUGACGCUUCAAACCGCUGACAAGGAUAUUCAAUUGCCCGAUUUCCCUUUACAUAAUCUGCGUUUAGCUGUCCAGAUGCUGCAAACAAAUCCAGCGCUCACUCUACAUGAUGUGAUUUCGAACGUUUAUCCAUACCAAAGUAUUUUAAAUGCCGAGCAACAGAAGCGUGUACACGAAUUAUUGACGAGUCUUCAAAUUCAGCGAGUGUCCGGCCACAAGGUGAAGAGUGUUACCAGCCAGGAAGAGAAAGACUCAAUCAAAGUGAACCUCGAUGAUCUACAACUGAGUUUGCCAGGUGGAUCAAUUUCAGUUUCAAGUGAAAAAUUUGUGGAUCUAUCCCAUCAACGCCAAGUUCUUGCUUCGUUGCUGCAAAUGUAUGCCGUGGGCGAUAUCUGUUUGGUCGGCGAGAAGGGCGUAGGCAAACUCACGCUCACUAAGCAGCUAAUGCGGCUACUUCAUCAAAGCACAGAGCCAAUGAUGCUCUACGAAGAUAUGACUUCUAGGGAUUUGAUCCAACAACGCAUUACCAACGCUGAGGGCGACACUAUCUGGCAGGAUUCGCCGUUAGUACGAGCAGCAAAAACAGGAUCGGUUGUUAUUUUGAACGGACUUCAUCGAUUGCAUAAGAGUACGUCUGCUGUUCUGCAACGAAUAAUUCAUGAACGUGAGGUGCAGCUAUGUGAUGGCACAACAUUGCUGCGUUCAGAUCGCUACAAAGCUCUUCUUAGCCAAGGACUUGGUGAAGACGAAUUGACCAAACUUGGCAUUUUUCCAAUACGCGAAUCAUUUCGCAUUAUAGCAUUGGCGGAACCACCUAAAAUUGGCGGCAUAAAAGCCAGCUGGCUUACCCCAGAAUUGCUUAGCAUGUUUCUCUAUCAGGAACUCCGACCACUGCAGCAGAGUGAAGAGAACGAACUGUUGUUGCAGUUUUGUGGCAAAGUGGAACCGAAGAUGCAACAACUGCUGCAGUUAGCACAAAUCUUACGCAGUUCAACGGAUUCGAUGCUUCAGAGUUUGUCCGGAACACUGUCAACCCGACAGCUACUAAAAUUGGGCCGUCGCCUAGCUGCCUAUCCCGACAGCGAUGUCUACGAACUGUUGCAAAACACCUUCCUGAUAAAGUUUAUGCCAUCAUUAUCCCGUGCGGCAUUGGAGCAAGCCAUGCAACAAGCCGGCAUCAAUCAAAGCUCAAAUUUCAAAUUCUUUGGCAACAAAAAUAAGACUAGUCAAAUUAGUGUGGUUGACAAUAGACUACGAAUUGGUGCAACUGAGAUGCCGUUGGCUGAAUUACAAUUGGAGCAGCAGUCCAAAGUACCGAGCACUCUAUUUUAUGAAAUGUCUCAACAUGUUGUGCUGCUGGAGCGUCUUUUGCAGGACUAUUUAAUUGGCGAGCACCUGCUGUUGGUUGGUAAUCAAGGCGUGGGCAAAAAUAAACUCAUCGAUCGGCUCUUGGAACUUAUGCGACGUCCGCGCGAAUAUAUCCAACUACACAGGGACACGACGGUACACAGUUUAACCGUCCAGUCAACGCUACGCGAUGGCCAAAUCGUUUUCGAGGACAGCGCGCUGGUUAAGGCAGUCAAAGCGGGUCAUGUACUGGUUAUUGACGAGGCGGACAAAGCGCCUGUGAAUGUCACCUGCAUUUUGCGGAAUUUAGUCGAAAGUGGCGAGAUGAUACUUUCCGAUGGUCGACGUAUUGUGCCUCACAAUGACACUCGUGCCGAUGGCGCAUUCGAUUUUAUUAAGACGCAUCCAGAUUUUCGUUUGAUUGUGCUAGCAAAUCGUCCUGGAUUUCCGUUUUUGGGCAACGAUUUCUUUGCGGCACUUGGUGAUAUCUUCAGCUGUCAUGCCAUCGACAAUCCAAUGCCAGACUCGGAGAUUUUCCUAUUGCAGCAGUACGGACCGAAUGUGCCCGUUAAAACGCUACGAAAAUUGGUGAACGCUUUCGGUGAAUUACGAAAUCUUGCUGACGAGGGAUUGCUCAACUAUCCAUACUCGACGCGUGAAGUUGUGAACAUUGUUAAGCACUUGGAGGCAUAUCCGGGCGAGGACAUGUCCGAGCUGGUGGGCAAUGUCUUAGACUUCGAUCGUUACCAACCUGAGGCAUUGGAUCAGGUUACACAGGUGCUGUCCAAGCAUGGUCUGCCCAUUGAGGCAUAUGCCAAAAAUGAACUACAAGCGCUGCGAGAGAAAAAGGAGCUCCAGCUAAGUGUCAAACGUUAUAGUGGCCUGGGCGUUUCGGGACCCAAGUUCGGCAAAGAGGAUCCCAAGAAUGAGCCUCAUGUAGGUGGCAAUACGUGGGCGGGAGGCACCGGUGGACGAGAUACGGCAGGCUUAGGCGGAAAAGGUGGACCAUUUCGAUUAGACAAGGGCCAUAAGGUGCAUCAACUGAGCGAUGAGGAAAAAGCGGCCAUUCCAGAGGAUAUUAAACGUGCGGCAAGAGAAAUGAAUCGUAAGGCAUAUGAGCAAAAAUUGCAAGAGAUUAAAAUGUCUGCAUUCGAUCAUCAAGUCUAUGCACAGUAUAGUGAACCGAAUCGCAAGCAAGUGCAACAGCUUAAAGCUAUUUUAGAGGCAAUGCAGACAAAGAGCAAGGAACGCUUAUGGCAAAAGUAUCAAACCGAUGGUGAGCUUGACGACACACGUCUCAUUGAGGGCAUCACCGGUGAGAAAAACAUAUAUAAACGGCGCAGUGAGGCUAAUCCUGAGGCCGAUCAUGCACAGGAGCAACCAAAUCGACUCAAGCUUGUUGUUGAUGUCUCUGGAUCCAUGUACAGAUUCAAUGGCUAUGAUGGUCGGCUUGAUCGUGAAUUGGAGGCCGUUGUCAUGGUCAUGGAAGCAUUCCAUGGAUAUGAAAAGAAAAUCGUUUACGAUAUUAUCGGACAUAGUGGCGAAGGAUGGGAAUUGCCCUUCGUGAAUGCGGCAAGUGCUCCUAAGAACGACAAGGACCGAUAUAUGGCAAUACGUCAGAUGCAUGCGCAUUCACAAUAUUGUUGGUCUGGGGACAGCACGGUGAAAGCAGCUCGCGAAGCUUGUACCUCAUUGAGCGCUGAGGAAAACUAUGAAAAUGGUACUGUUGUUGUCCUUAGCGAUGCCAAUCUCGCCCGCUACGGUAUUGCACCCAAGGAUCUGGCAAAGGCUCUUCGAAGCGGUGAACCUAAGGUUAAAGGCUACGUCAUCUUUAUUGGCAGUCUUGCUGAAGAGGCCGAGGAAAUCAUAACUGAAAUGCCAGCCGGUCAAAGCUUUGUAUGUAUGGAUGUUACAAAACUGCCGCAGAUUCUAAAACAAAUAUUUACCUCAUCGCUUCUGUGAGCGAUAUUCUAAUGUACAUAUAUAUAUUCUUAAGCUUAUACUCGUAUGUGUUAUAUGUUUAUUCAUUGAUUGUUGACAAUAAUUAUUGUUUGCGUAGUUAAACGAAUUAGAUUUAUGAAAGGAAGAACUAUCCGUAACUGUCGAUAGUUAACGAUAGAAUUAAAUGCCACAAUCUAUCGUUAACUGUCUAUAGCGCAGGACCGUCAUUGGCGGCAGCUGCAUUGCAUCUAAGUUAGAAAUAUACCGAAGCGAGAACGCAAUAAAACAUUCUGAUAUACCUCUGA